AUGGCUUCGGUGCGAGAUGCCAUCGACACAUUUCUAAGUACCAUAAGCUUUCUCAUAGAGUCAAUUUAUGGCAAUGUCAUCGGCCUACCCGCAUACUUUAUCGUCAAUCCUAUUCUCCAUCUUCUGGCUCUCCCAUAUACACUUAAAUACUUCUCCUCCAACUGGUCUUUACUUUCUUUCGAGACGCAACCUGCUGAGGUUUAUCUUCACCAUUUCGAGAGACUUCAUCCCGAGCUAAUAGAAUAUGUUCGAGCUGCCUAUGCUGCAAGGACUAACAAGCGUCCACCGAGGAAGCUCAAGUUUUGGCCUCGCGAAACGAGUCAACUUAUUGUUCCUCUGGUAGUCGCCAUUCGUGAGUGGCAGUUCUUUUGCGCCGCCGGUCUCUUCGCGUUACUAGAGGACUGUGGAUGGGACCGAACGCUCCUGUGGACAUUCCUCCGAAAUCAAGUGGAAAACGCAGGCUUGGUGUCAGCCGACGAGAAAAUUGCCUUCGCGCAGGUCAUGGACGUGGCAUGUUCAACCCGAUUUAAGGGUAUUCGGCCUACGUGGGUACGCUCACUGCAAAUGUUACGCAAGUGGAUGGGCCAGACGGAUCGGAAUUCAAAGAAGCAGCGGGUUAAGAGAGAAAAGUUGAAGGAAAGGUGA